CUCAUUCGACGCUAGUGAAUCGCCCUCCAACCAUGAACCCCCUGCUGAGAGUUACGCUACUUGGCGUGCUGCUAACGGCCGUGCUGGCCAUCGAGAGUCCCGCCGAGCUGGACCCCAAAUCAAUUGACUGGAGCACGGUUCGGACGCUGCAGGAAACGUCCAAGUUCCGCGCCAAGUUUGGCCUGCCCCCACUCAGUGACGAUGAGAUUCGGUCGUCGCGUAUUUCCGGUGGAACCAUUGCCACUCCCACCGACAUCCCGUGGGCUGCCGGAGUGCUCAUCCACGGUGGAACCUCAGGCCAUAGCUUUUGCAGCGGAGUGUUGAUUUCGGCGCGAUUUGUGCUGACUGCUGCGAACUGCGUUUCUGGUGAAUCUACGGUGACCGUUGCGCUGAACGCGGCCAACAUGGCCAACAUCGGUUACCUGAUCUCGGUUUCGAACAUCCUGAUUCACCCGAACUUCAGCUGGCUGCUGGGACGAGACGAUCUGGCCAUUCUUACGCUGAGUCGUGAUGCGCCAAUCGAUAACGUCACGAUUCGACCUGUGCUGAUGCCACGUCGAUCGGACGCUCAAAAGUCCUUCAACGACUGGAUGGCCACCACCGCCGGAUGGGGAAACACCGGAAACCGGGAUGAUGAACCGAUUCCGACGCAGUUUUUGCAGUGGGCCAUGGAUACCGUGACUUCGAACCUGGUGUGUCAGCUGUCCUACACGUGGGUCCGUAGCACGCACAUCUGCGUUUCGACUGACAAUGGAGGACCGUGCAAUGGAGACGAGGGAGCCCCCGUUACGGUGCGCGAGGCGGGACGGAUCUUCCUGAUCGGACUCCACUCGUUUCACUACAGUGGAAUUCGCGGCUGUGAUCGGGGCCGGUCGGCGGUCAACACUCGUAUUACGGAAUACCUCGACUGGAUCGAGCAGAACUCCGAUGUGGUGAUCCAGCCCUAAGAGGACGUGCUAUCUCUCUCGAUUAAUUAAAAACUGAACUGAUUUAUAUUUGCAA